AUGGCACGUUCUCCGCAAUCCACUUCAGCAUCGAACUGGGCCUUUCAUGCAGAAGCCACAGACAGGGACUGUCGAAGCCCGUCCGCCUCGCCAUUUGCGGCUCCAAUCGCGGCGCCUGUUGCGGCGUCUGCUGCGGCGCCGACCUCGGCGCCGGUUGCGGCGUACAGCAGGCACGAGGCAUUCGCGUUUACCGUUGACAUGCGCGGCGAGGGGGCGGCAGGCGUGGGGCCAGCAGGAGGGGGUGCUGUGGGGAGAGGCGCGGAGGUGGAGGAAAGGGGGAGCGCACCGUGGGCGAUGGCGCGGGCAGUGGAGAGAGGGAUGAGCGCUGAUCCCGCUGAUGGGCUCGAACAGCCCCUGCAUUCCCGACUGGCACCGCUUGAGUCCCCCGAGCUGAGGGCCAUUCUGCACAAGUCCGCCUGCAUGCUGCGAUUCGAGUCCAUCCGCCGCCGCAAAGGGUCUGGCUCGGACGACUCCCUCGCCUCGCAACAGCACCUGCUGCCGCCUGGGGCGGCAGGUAGCGUUGGGAGUGGCCGGCGCAGUUUGUCCCGUGCCGACAGUGGCGGGAGUGCGGGGAGCUUUGGCAGCGGGAGUAACAGCUUGAAUGUCACGCCGGAGAGUAGCUUUCACCGGGGGGAUAUGUACAGCGGGAGUAUGUUCGAGGCCAUCUCAGAGGUGCCGCCAUCAAGCGAGGCGGCAGGGGAGGGCGAGGGGGGCGAGGGCGGGCCAGAUUCGGUGUAUCUGUCAGACUGGGUGAUCAGCCCACAGGCAUCGCUGUACCAGCAGUUCCAGGCGGCGCUGCUGCUGCUCGCCAUCCUCAUCGGCAUCGUUGAGCCCUUCAACGUCGCGUUCCUCGAUACAGAGAAUGUGUUCACGCCAGUCAAUGUGUUUAUCUAUUGCACCGACGCCCGCCCUCUCUCAGCCCACCUCGCCCCUCUUCGCCCCCCUCCUCACCCCCCCUCGACCUCCUUCCCGCCCCUUCGUCCUCCUCUUUGCCCCCCUUGCCCCUUCUCGCCCCUUGCCCCUUCUCGCCCCUUCUUGCCCAGCAGGUACCUACGGGGCAUGUUCUGGUACGACAUCCUAGCAGCGCUGCCAUGGGAUCUGGUGCUCAAGGGCGUGUAUCAACCCACCGGCACCGCUGCUGUCGCCCUCUCCGCCUUCGGUCUGCUGCGACUACUGCGCCUCAUCCGCCUAACUUCCUCCAUGGCGGUUAUGCGCUUUGACUUCCCCUCUCAAUCCCCCUCUGCUGCUCAACCCGAUCGUUUCCCCGCGUCCAUGCCUCCCAGGUGGAACGUGGUGUGGGACAUGGCGGUGCACGUGCGCUGUGAGGACUACAUCCGUGGUUCACUGCAUUCCGUACCCACGUGUGUGUGUGUGGCACAUCCCCCUCCUCCCCCCCUUCCCAGCUGGAACGUGCUGUGGGACAUGGCAGUGGACGUGCGGUACGACUACAUCUCCACCAGUGUGCACAAGUUCGCCCUCCUCAUCCUCUUCGCCGCCCACUGGUCCGCCUGUGUCUUCUUCCUCCUCGCGCGCGUGCGCAACUUCAGCGAGGACACGGAGUCACUUCACAAGAAAGACCAAACCCCUCCUCUGUCUGCCCUCUGUUUCUCAUCCCUCCUCUCUGUCCGUUUUUCAACCAAGUCUUCAUGA